AUGUCGGGCAAGUUUCCGAAGAAGAUCUCGCUUGGUACCAGAGGGUCAUAUUGGAAUUUCUUUAUCUAAGUACUUCAACCUGUUCCUGCUUGAAUCAAUAUCAAUACUGCUUUCAAUAUGUGGACUUGUCUCCGCCUUUCACACUAUAGAACUAGAACUACUAGUGCUACUCCUCGUAGAUGAUCGUUCAUUUUUCACAAAAUCCGCAGGUCUUGCCAUCAUGAUGACCGACGUGUACCAGACACCAAUCAUCGUAGCUGAAGGAAUAUAUUCGGAAAUUAAGGGUUUUUUUUCCGAAAUGACACGAGGGCGAAAGGAGCUUCCCUUCAAUACGGUAUACAUGUACUUUGCUGUCCCUUUACCAAAACCUAAGCACAAGAACUAGUCGUGUAGCGUUUUUUAUCACGGUAGUACAAUUGGAUUCGACUAAGUCUAACUUCAGCACCAAGCAAGUAGCUACUUGGAUGAGCCAUGACGACGUUAUUGACUUACAACUAUCACACCGAUAUCAGAGCUCUAUCAAGAUCGAAAAUGACUUCGUCCAUUUCUUCAACUCUUGCACCAGAUAAAUCCACAAAGCGCAAAUACCAACAAACUUGGCCGACCAAAGCAGUUCAAUAACGCUGGAUUUCGUUUUGCCGGGAAGUAUUAGUGUCAUGCAGGAGAUGGAAAACCACGCGUGACUCGAUGCACAAGCACAGACGCAACAACUUCUGUCAUCGAGUGAGUCCUUCUUCUGAACAUUUUUUCAUUUCUUUGCGUGCAGCUCAAGACUAACGCCCAGUAUCUAGUUGUAGCUGUCAGGUCCAGGCUGUUACCGAAUGAAUAUGUUCAGUCUCUGCCGAUUCAUGGCUGCUCGCGUUCUCAAAGAGUUGUUUUUCGUUAUUAAGUGUUGACGGAGUUGCUUAUGCUUUCCAGGUGGAUCAUGUGUGUCCUGCGAUGCGAUCUAUCCACUAACUGAGCGGAGAUUAUUUUGUGUCGUGAGGUGGAAAAGUAGAAAAAGGAUCUAGUUCUAGAACGAGAUCAACUCUGACAAGAAGCAGAAACAGUGCCAGUUAAUCAGGUACUAUUCUUUAUUCCCGUGAUAAGACGGCAACGAG